CCUCCCAUUGAGGUGAGAGCGCAGAUGUCACGAGAAAAGCGGCCACACGACCAGAGCACACCGAACGACCUCAGCCCGCCUCCCUGCGCCCCGGUCUGGGAUGCUUUUUUAGCGCAGACACGCUUGCACUCAGGGCAGCAGCAGCCAGUGGACGCUGACGCAGAUCAUCCACGCUCUUUUUGUCGUCGCUGUUAUUUUUAACCAAGGAUUUUUGCCACCCCGCACCCAGCACAGCACUGCAGCCCCCCCCUGAUUUUAAGUGUUUAUUUUUGUUUCUUCAUGACUGCAGCUUUGGGAAGCGAGCCUCAGCACCAGCUCCAGCAGCGCCAACACGAUGCGAGCCCAAAUCGAAGUUAUACCAUGCAAAAUCUGUGGAGACAAAUCAUCAGGUAUCCACUAUGGAGUCAUUACAUGUGAAGGCUGUAAGGGUUUCUUCAGACGAAGUCAGCAAAACAAUGCCUCCUACUCCUGCCCCCGCCAGAGGAACUGCCUCAUCGACAGAACGAACCGCAACCGCUGCCAACACUGCCGACUGCAGAAAUGUCUCGCUCUAGGAAUGUCCAGAGAUGCGGUUAAAUUUGGUCGCAUGUCCAAGAAGCAGCGCGAUAGCCUGUACGCAGAGGUCCAGAAGCACCAGGCGCGACUGCAGGAGCAGCGGCAGCAGCAAACUGGAGAAGCUGAAGCCCUGGCGCGUGUUUACUCAUCCAGCCUAACCAAUGGACUGUCCACCCUCAAUCAUGAAAUAGGGGGCACCUACGCCAAUGGACACGUCAUAGAGCUACCCAAAGGUGGCCACGUCAACGGUGGUGGAGUCCCCGGAGGCUACUAUGGGAUGGAUUCUACCCAGCCAUCUCCUGACCAGUCAGGUUUGGACAUGUCAGGCAUGAAGCACAUUAAGCAGGAGCCCGUUUACGACUUGACGCCUGUGCCAAACCUAUUCAGUUAUGGAGGCUACCAGGACAGCCAGUUUGGAACACAUAAUGUCAGCAUGGGAGAGCUUGACCGUAUCGCUCAGAAUAUCAUCAAGUCGCACUUGGAAACAUGUCAGUACACGACAGAGGAGCUACAGCAGCUAGCCUGGCAGACCCACUCCUACGAAGAGGUCAAGAUGUACCAGAGCAAGCCCAGGGACGUGCUGUGGCAGCAAUGUGCCAUCCAGAUAACCCACGCCAUCCAGUAUGUGGUGGAGUUUGCCAAGCGCAUCUCAGGGUUCAUGGAGCUGUGCCAGAAUGACCAGAUCCUCCUUCUCAAGUCAGGUUGUUUGGAGGUGGUUUUGGUGCGAAUGUGUAGAGCCUUCAAUCCUCUUAACAACACUGUGCUCUUUGAGGGGAAGUACGGAGGCAUGCAGAUGUUCAAAUCUCUAGGUUGUGACGAGUUAGUUAGUGCAGUGUUCGACUUUGCCAAGAGUUUGUGUUCACUGCAGCUAACAGAGGAGGAGAUUGCUCUUUUCUCAGCAGCUGUACUCAUUUCCACAGAUCGGCCAUGGCUGAUGGAGCCUCGAAAAGUCCAGAAGCUCCAAGAGAAGAUAUACUUUGCUCUGCAGCACAUUAUGCAGAAGAAUCACAUGGAUGAAGAUGCACUAGCCAAGCUGAUCAGCCGGAUCCCAACAUUAUCGGCCCUGUGUACACUCCACACCGAGGAGCUCCAGGCAUUCCAGCAACUCCACCCAGAAACAGUGAACAUCCUCUUCCCUCCUCUCUACAAGGAACUGUUUAACCCAGACCCAAAUUCUGCCAUGGCCAUGCCUAAGUGACUGCCUGCAGUCCAAAUGCAAUGAACAGCUGCAAAAAGAGGACCAAGAAAUGAUGUCAGCUGUCGUUUGACAAGACUCUCGCAGCCAUGUCGACCGCGUCAUUCUGGUAACCACAAAUUUUUGAGCUGCGCCAGGCUCGUUUCAGGCUGGUGGGUGAGGAUUCAUCUACUAGACUUAAGAGUUACCGCCAACAAUGAGAGGAAUGUCCUGCACUUAUCCCAUCUUGUUCACCGAUACAGUCUGAAGAAUGUAUAUACAAGUGAACCGUGCGCCAAGCCACAACUUCAGAGGGGCAUCCAGGUGUCUCCUGAAAUUAACUGACCAGAAAUGUACAGACUUUUAAGACAACUAGAAACAAUUUGAAGCUGUCAAUCAUUUUUUUAAAAGGUGGGUAAGUUAAAUUGAUUUAUUCUUGAAAGAAAAAAGCUUUUUGUUGUUUUUUUCCCCCAAUGAAGACAUUGUGAAUUGGGAGAAGCUGGAUGCGGGAGGGAACCGUGGAUUUAGAGAAGCUAUUGUAGAUAUUCUUCUAGUUGAGAGCGGAUUCCAGUAUUAUUUCUUGUUCUGUUAAAAUAAGUUAGUCCUAAUUUAAAUAUACAGCAGCCCAAAGUGGCUGAUGAUACUUUGUCUAUGUGUUCUUAUUUUAUUUGGUAGAUUGUUGUGUACAGAAUUUGUAAAGUUGAGACUCGUAAAUGAAAACUGGGCAAAAACUGGGAGCCAAUUUUGGGUUUGUUGAUAUGCAGAAGCCUUGUCUGGAUUUUAUUCAUAUGUAUAGAAGGUGUUACCGCCCUUCUGAUCAAAAUUUAUUGAAAUGUAAAGAGAGGAUAUGAAGGAUUUAAACAGAAAAUAAUGGCUACUACUUUUCAAGGUGAAGAUAUAUACAUAAAUGUUCUAUUUUGCAAGGAAAAGAAUCUGGCAGAAUUUGCCGUCCUAUCAGUUGUUUAUUUCUAGCUGCAAUAAUUAUGUCCAAUACUAGCUAGAUUGCUGUGGAACAAUCAACCACAAUGAACCAAUCAGAAACCAGGACCUCACAUUGAAGCCCACUGAGCCUCUUAACUUAAUCUGCUCUUAAACACGCAUAAAUAUCAGGACUUUCUCAGUAGCUUUUGGGAGAGAGUCAGAGAUGUGUCACACAUGUACUGAUGAUCCUUAAAAAUGUGAAAAGAAUCCACACAGACUUGAAUUAAAAACACUUUUCAAUCACUGAAAUCUAUAUGGGUGUUGUAUGCCCUCACCGUCCAAUUUGCACAAUCCAGCCCAUGGAUAUCAGUUCACCUGUGCUGUGAAUAUGAAGGACCCUUUUUUCUGUAGAAAGCAAUAACUUCCACACAGCAUAUCUGGUCUCCUUUCCCACCCUGCCCCACCUUUCUCUCAGCUGUUCAAAACAGGGUAGAAGCUCUAACUGAGGAUGCACUAUAUUCUUUGCUCUUAAUCACUGAUUAUGUCUCAAAAUCAUCUUGACAGAUGAUAGACAUUCCCCUGCUAACUCUGAUGCGUUUUCAGUGUGGCACAAUCUCAUCAUGAAAAUAUAAGCAAAUGCAGCCGCCAAUGAUUUCUCCACCAGACGUAGCUGAGCUUUAACUUUGGCCAUCUAUGUAGAAAGUUGUAUUAGACAAUCACUUUUUUCCACUGAGUCAUUCCAAUAACUGUUAGCACUUAAGCACUAUACUUUUUUAUUAUUUAGUGUUUGGACACUGUGUAAAAUCACACUGGGUUUGAGUUAGCCUUUUUCCCAUCAGAGCAUAUUGAUGUUUUUUGUCUUCUGAAAAGCCAUUCCUACAUGUUUUAGGGGACCACAUCAACUGCUCACAUCACUUUAAGCAAAGAAAAAAAACAGUAUGUAUGACACCUCAGCAACAUCAAAAUGAGCUAAAUGAGGCAGCCUUUACAUCAGGAGUCUUCCCAAAGUCAGGGUUGCACAUUAUCAUGUUUGGAGUCUUAAGAUCAAAAAUCGUACCAUGUUUAUAGUAAAAAUACAACAGAUAAAAAAGGCUAAAUUAACCGACCAGUAACGAUUCCCCUACUCAACUUAUAGUCCAUUUUUUGCUACUUUGUGGGUUGAAAAAUGAAAACUUUGGCUCUAUCCACCUGAUGCUACAUUUAAUGCCUGUCUCCUCUAUAUAUGUCGGACAAAAUAACAAUAUAGCUCAACUUUUAUUAUUUUACCUCAUCUUUAGAUUCCAUGAUUAGCAGGCUGUGAUCUACUGUUAUGAAGCACUCUCAAUGGAUCUUAGGGUUUCUCCUGCUUGAAAAUGUUUUUUUGCACAGUUCCCAGAUCCUUCAUCGGAUAAAACCAGGGACACAGUCAAACUUUCAAUCCAUCCAUUAGCAUGAGUAACACCAGAAAUCAUUGCAUUGUUAUCCUUCUGUGCAUUUGUUUCCAGUGUAGUGGGAAAAAAUGGUGAAACGUGUGUCAAUCAACAUCAGUGUUUUUCAGCAUUAAUGUUAUUCCUUUAAAGCACAGCAGCUUUCCUUGAACCCCCACGAUGACACACCAGAUCAGAGGACAGUCACUCUAGAAGACAAUCACUUGCUCGUAAAGAUUCGAUGCACUACACAGCAUCUCUCAGGGAGCAGCUCUUUUUCUCACUUUGCAUUAAAAGAGGGUUUAAUAUUUUUGAAAAUUUACUGAAAAAAAUAACUUUAAAAAUAAUUACUUUUUAGGAUUUUAAAAAAUUCUGCCCAGACAAGGCUUUGAUAGACUUAUGUCUAUAUAUGUAUGUUUGUAUGUAUGUGUGUAGAGGAUGAGUUCACUGUCAGUAUCUUUGUAGAGACCAAGAGUUUAUGAGCAAUUUUUACACCAUAAAUGAAAAAAAAAGUAAAAACAUGUGACUGUGCUCGUUAUUAUUGUAAGCUCUUGUUUAUGGGUCUCAGGACAGUGAGUGAAGUCCACUGGAGGGACAUCAAUUCUGGGACAGUGAAUUAGACCUCUAAAAAUUGAGCUUUUGUGUGAGUUUUUUUUGUUGUUUUGUUUUCCCUCAUUAGACUGUGAAUCAAAGGGGUGGAACGGGGAUUUAUGAGGUGGGGUGGGAGGGAUGGUGAUGUGCUGGCAGGAACAAGUGGUAACCAACACUGUAAGUAAGGUACUGUAGCAAUAAGAACUGGAGGCAUUUACUACUGUCAUGUUUGCAUUGUAAGAUUAUUUUUAUGUUAUUUCUAUUUACUAUUAUUAUUGUUCUUAUUAUGACUACUAUUCUUCUAUUACUAUUAGCCUAUUGUUGUUCUGUUCUAUUUGCAUGGCGUUUCAUUGCAAUGAAAUAUUUGGGGCUUAUUUGUGUUUCCUCUAAUGAUGAUGUGAGGGAGACGUUUGAAAUGGUGGGUUACGGGUUUAGGGCAGAGUUCACAUCACUUUAGUCAGUUCAAAACAAAUUUUUUCACAAGCUGAAUUAGCUUUUCUUUUUAAAUAAAAUUUCUAAUUUAUAUGGGAGCAAUUUGAAAUUUGUCAUUGGAAAUUAAGUGUUUUUCCUACCCUCUGAAUGUGUGGAUUUCAACAAAUCAGUUAGAACGACCUUUUCUAAACCGGCCUUUUGGAAAACCUUCACUCGCUGUGGGGGGACAACGUGGGAUGGGGUUAGGGGUUAUCUAUUCUGAAUGUUAUGGAGUAGCCUGUUCAGCAUGAGGGGGGCUGAACACAUGCGCCUUUUACUGCUCCAUCAACACAGAAUGACAUCACUGAGCACACAACAGCAGCCGCUGCAAGCGGCACAGACAUUUUAUUACAGCUGAUUUAAAAACCACAUUUCAUACAACCCACUCCAAACCUCCUUCUCUCUUUUAUGAAGAAAACAUGUGUGAGCUUGUGUGCGUGCGCGAGAGAAACUGAAGCGAGUGCGACAAUGUUUGCUCUACCAAUGCUUUGUGAACUUUCUUGAUGCAUUAUAAUGUCUGUGCAAUUGGAGUAGAUUUAAAAUUGUUAAUUUAUUUUUCAGAAUGUUUUUGUGUCCCAGCAAGAGCAAAUAAAACAAAAAUGUAGCAAUCUGUGUCUGGAAGCUAAAAGGUAUCCGGGCUGCAGAACCUCUUUUACACAGGACUAACAAAAGAUAAAAAAAUGUAAAAAAUACAAUUAAAACAUUUUUUUGGUUUUCAAAGUGCCAUAGUUAGCGAGGAGAGAAAGGAUUGGCAGUAUGGGGCAUAGAUGCUUUACUAUGCGGGUUUACAUGAGAAACCAACAAAAAAAAUAGGAGGAAACUCAAAGGAAAAUGUGUAUUUGAUUACACAGAUGAACUGUUUUUACAUUUUAUGCUUUUCUUUUCACUUGUUGGGGACUCUGCUGGACUCUGAACAUCGGGCUCCACUGUUAGAGCCUCCAUUUGAACUUGAGAAAAAGAGUGCAUUUGCAUGCAUAUAUUAUUUAAAGGGAGUCCCACACACCCAGAAGUGAAGGACCAGACUGGGGAGAGGUUCAGAGCUUUGCAGAGACCUCAGUGAGUCCUCCUUUGAGAUGUACAUACAAUGUGAAGGUCUGAAGUGAUUUUUGUUAAAUUCUAUAUUUUAUCGCUUUUGUAGACAUUUUGUUGUGGGAAGAAAAAAAAUAAAUAAAAGAAAUUUUAUGGGUGCA